CAAAUAUAUAGUUCAUAUCAUUAAGCGGCAAAAAGAUGUAAUUAUGCUUUUCUUUUUCUAUUUCAACUUUCCUUUUUUCAAAUAUUUAAAUCCUUUCAAAGAUCACGAUCCCAAAUUAAACGCCGCACAUCAUCAUUUUGUCUCUGUAAUUUCCUGUUUGUCGUCUUCUCUCAAACCUCCCUCAAUUCACCGGCAAUGGCAGCUGAAGACCAAUCUCUCUCCACUCCCCUUCUCCCCUCCGACCACCAACCGCCCCACGUCACACUCACCGUCACCGACCCGGCCGACAGCCUCCAAUCCGCGUCCCCCCGCCGCGGCGGCGAUCGCCGGUCCCAGUUUCAAUCGGGCGAUGAGGGCCGCCACAGCCCAUUUUCGUUCAUCGGGGCGGACGGCGGGUUCGAGGUUCCAGGAUCCAGCACCAUCGACCCGUUCCGCAACCACACGCCGAACAUCGAGGGUUUGUACGAGUGGUUGAAGAUUGUGAUCUGCCUGCCGAUUGCCGUGGUCCGGCUCCUGCUCUUCGGGCUGGCACUGUCGGUCGGGUACCUGGCGACCCUCGCGGCGUUGCACGGGUGGAAGGACAGGCAGAGCCCGAUGCCUAAGUGGCGGUGCCGGCUCAUGUGGGUUACCCGUAUCUGUGCCCGCGCAAUCCUCUUCUCCUUUGGCUACCACUGGAUUAAAAGAAGAGGAAAACCUGCUCCGAGGGAGAUAUCUCCUAUUGUUGUAUCUAAUCAUGUAUCAUAUAUUGAUCCUAUUUUCUUUUUCUUUGAAUUAUUUCCUACUAUUGUGUCGGCUGAGUCGCAUGACUCUAUGCCUUUCGUUGGGACCAUCAUCAGAGCAAUGCAGGUUAUUUACGUUGAUAGGUUCUCAAGGUCAUCCAGAAAGCAUGCUGUAAGUGAAAUAAAGAGAAAAGCAUCUUCCAAUCAUUUUCCUCGAGUGCUUUUAUUUCCCGAAGGAACAACAAGCAACGGAAGAGUUCUUAUUUCUUUUCAACUUGGUGCAUUCAUCCCUGGUUAUCCGGUUCAGCCAGUUAUUGUCCGUUAUCCCUAUGUACACUUUGACCAAUCAUGGGGGAACAUUGCACUAGCAAAAUUAAUGUUCAGAAUGUUUUUGCAGUUCCACAAUUUCAUGGAGGUCGAGUAUCUUCCUGUCGUAUAUCCUCAUGAAAAUCGGAAAGAAAAUGCAAGUCAUUUUGCUCAGAGGACUGCUCAUGUCAUGGCAAGUGCUCUUAAUGUGGUGCAGACAUCUCACUCCUAUGGGGAUUUUAUGCUUGUUGGAAAGGCAGCUGAAUCAAAGCAGGAAAAUCCAUCGCUGUAUAUGGUUGAAAUGGCCUGGGUACAGUCAGCACUGCAUUUGAAGGCACUGGAAGCUGUCGAUUUGUUAGAGAUAUUUCUGUCAAUGAAUCCAGAUGCCAGUGGACAUGUUGAGUAUCAUGGUUUUCUGAGAGCUCUAAGAUUGAAACCUUGUGGUCUUUCUGAAAAGAUGUUUGGAUUCGUUGAUGUGCAGAAGAUUGGUAAAAUAACCUUUAAACAUUUCUUGGUUGGGUCCGCUCAAAUCUUGAAGCAGCCACUAUUUUGCCAUGCCUGUGAAGUAGCAUUUAACGAAUGUGACAUGGGAGGGAAGAAUUACAUUGUGGCUCAAGAGUUACAAGAUGCAGUGUCACUAUCCAUUCCAAAUAUGAACUGUGAUGAGGUUCAGGGACUGUUUAGUCUAUUCGAUACGGACAAUGAUGGGAGGAUUUGCAGGGAAGAUUUCAGAUCAUGUUUGAGAAGACACCCAUUGCUCAUAGCUCUCUUCGCACCUAAAUUGCUGCACAGAAAUCCACCUAUACCUGCUGAUCAAAGUUUAGUGCAAGUCAUAUAAAAAAUGCUAAAAGGACCAAAUUCGAUGACUUUCUAAGGGUGUGUAUGUGCGUGUGUGUGUGUGUUUUUUUCCUUUUAUAUUUUUUGGUUUUCCUGGAAAAAAGUUAUGUAUGUCAACCAGUAGAGGGUGGUUUGUGUAGGAACCUAAAAUCCAGUGUUUUACUUAUUGUAUUUUUUUUCCAAUUAAAUCGUGUAAAGACGAAAUGCUUGGAGCUUGGUGGUGUAUCAUAUAAUCAAUGUUAGUGAAUUAUCGUAAUUGGCUUUACACUUGUGUUGUGUGAGGUCAUUAUGAGAUAUGAAAAGAUAUUUUUAUUCUUCAAACAUUCGGAGGGAAAUUAUAUUUGUAACUGUAAUCUUUUGUAGAAUUUUAUUUAUUUGUUGUUUGUUUUGUUUUUUAGUUAAUCCUGCAAGUACAUUUUGGCUAGGAACAUUGAUUGACGAGUUAUGGACCAAACAGAUAUUUAUUUUUAUUUAAUGCCUUGAACGUGGGAGUGUACUAUGUGGUGC